UUGGCAGGAGCUGGGACAGAGUAACAGGAGCUCACCCUGUUGUGCAGAUUCAAACUGGCGACCUUUUGAUCAACCAGCCCAGCAGCACAGCGGUUUAAACCACUGUGCCACCUGCAGUAUUAGCCGCUAAAUGCUGUAGCUAAUUUAUUGUUAUUACAUACAUUGUUGUAAUGUAAUUUUUCUAUUUAAAAUAGUCAAAGUGGCUCAAAAGAAAUAAAAAAAAUAUUGUAAGAUCACUAUAGUCAGGGACUGAUAUGAAUUAAGCUAAAAUUAAGUAAAAGAAGUUAGAAACUCUAAAAUGCAGAGUGCCAUAAAAAAACUUAAGACACAAUCCUGUGCAUACUUAGAUAGAAAAAAAGUACUACAAAUCCCAACAUUCCCUAUCCAGCUUGCAGGACUUGCAAGACUUCAUUUCUGUCAAAUAUGCACAUGCUUAACCACUCGAUGCUUUGGAGAUCACAAAGGUCUUUACCUGUCAUCAGAAUGAUAAAAGCAUCAGUGCUUUCCUCCUCUGUCUGGGGAAGCUGUUGCAUGGAGAAGGCAGAACCACCAAGGGCCAGGUCCUCCCUGUGUGACUCACACCUGACCUCUGCUUGAGCAGCCACCUGGAGGAGUGGGGCAGGUAACUCCUUGGAUGUUUCUGUCUAAUCAGCCUAUUAUUUUUCUUUCUGUUAGUUCCCUCUUUGGCUUCCUUCUAUGACCAUAACAAGGGAGUCAUUAACAAGCCUCCAUGCUGAUUCUGCAUCUCUUAAUCCUUUUUACCUUUCUGCUUCAGGCAUUUCCUAAUAUCCUUACUUUUUAUCAUUUUUUAAAGUAUUACGUCUUAGUAAAGUUCCCUCACAAAGGUGUCACUCUCAUAUCUAAAGAUAGAAAGGUCGUAGUUAACAAGAAGUGGAGCUAUACUUACAUUCUAACCAAACUGUUAUUGAGAAAGAAGUAAACAUACAGACAGAGAGAGACUGAAAGCAGUGUAUUUUUCAAAGCCAUCUAACAACCAGUUCUAUAUCUCAGAAAACUAUUCUUCGUAAUUGCAGAAUUUGCCAGCAUAUAAGACCAGGUCCAUUUGCUCCAGCCCUAUCAGAUGUUGUUGUUGUUUUAAUUAUGCUAUAAAUGACAUUAUGUUGUCCUGUUAUCCAUGUACAGUUUAUAGUCAUUUGGAACAGUUAGCCUUUCAGAUUUUCAGCUGAAUUGUUGAGACUGUGCUGCUAAUGGCUUUGCCUGUUAUAUCUCAGAGAAAAAGCGAGAGCUACGUGCGCACAACUCGUUAGGUGUGCAAUGCAUGAGCACAUUAAUAAAUUUACAUGCAACCCAGUCUUGUUCAUAUUGACUAAGAAAAUAGCCCACAGAAUGGAACUUCCCAUAUGUUGAUUUUUAAAGAUUUAAAUAAAAAUAACUCACAAGGAAGCAUUACCACCAGUCAGAGUGAACCAUAGGCAUGUCUAUGCAGGAAAAAGUACCACUGAAUUCAAACAGAUGCAGUCCAAGGCAUGUGUGCAUAGCAGUGAAGUCUUUAAAAGGCAAGGAUGGCAUAAACUGAUUGAGUUAGAGGUGUCUUGGUGGAGGAUUUAAUAAAAUGUUUUAUUUCUGAACAGGUGGCCUUUAGGCCUAGCCUACCGGUAGAUAAUAUACAGAUUUUUGGAGUGCCUCUGUUGAAGCAUAUAUGUAAUUAUUUUAAUAAUAUUUAUUUAUUUCAUUUUAUACCACUCAAUAGCCAAAUGGCUAUCUGGGCAGUUUACAAAGUUAAAAGGACAUAAAAAUAGAAACAGAAAAAAAUCCAGUCACAGUAAAAUGAUAAAACAAUAGCCCAGUAGAAUGACUAUAAUAACAUCCUCUGUUAGCACACAGGCACAGUAUUAUCUAAUAAAAAGUUAACUAUUAAAAUACCUGGUAAGUAAAAAUAUUUUUACCUGGCAUGAAAAGAAAGAAGGGUAGCCUGUAGACAUACCUCUCCGGAGCUCGUUCCAAGCUAGGGGGCUACAACCAAAAAGGCCCUUCCCCUGGUCAGGAGGUUCCCUGAGAAGGACCUGCAAGAUGAUCUAAGGUACAUAGCUACAUACAGGGGAAGUUGAUCCUUCAGAUAACCUGGGAUAAUAGUAGCACCGUAUGUUAUAUGCCAAUAUAUAGAGAUAUAUCAUAUAUCUGGAAGGAGUGCUAUGGAUCUUUUAAAAUUUUUAUUCACUGAGUCUAAUGUUUCAGUUCUUUUUUUUUCUUCUGUAAGAGUGUGGUUUGGUUGUUUUUGUAUUGCAUAAUUUAAAAAAAUACAAAUUAAGAGAUACCAUGCUCCAGUACUGUUUGAAACCACCCUCUGUGGUGCUCCGGAUGCUGUUUAGCAGCUCCCAUCAUGCUGUUCCUUUGGCAUUGUUGGCUAGGGCUAAUGGGAGUCACAGUCCCACACCCAAAAGACCUUGCGUUGUUCACCCUUGUGUAUGAAACCCUCUAGAUAUGCUGAGCAUUCACAUUCACAGGGCAUCAGACUGCUCUAGGCAAUUGUUAAGAUGUGUAUUUUUCUGUACAUACUCCAGAUCUCCGAGCUGAAAGCAAGUGCUUCUGGCCUGCACCAUUAUGGGUGACGUGCUCAACAGUAACCGGACUACCACAUGCACAAUGAGAAAGUGAGAUGCAGCACCAAAGAGGAGAAUGCUUUUCCGCAGGGGACGGGUUACAUUCCUUUUACAUCUCUCAUAUGCCCUCGGCUGAUCUUCAUGGCAUCCCCGUGAAAUAAGUUGUAGGCUGAGACACUAUAAUAGCUCCAUGAUCAGCCACUGACAUUGGAAGCCUAAUAUAAGGGACCAGAUCAACUGCAGCAGUCUCUCUGCCCAGUUGCAGCCCAAGCAGGAGGAAACGGUUUAAAAGCAGCAGAGAGAAAUUUGAUGAUCAUCAUAUCAAUUUUCCAGUAGCCUCCAGCUAAACUGAUCAAGAUGAACCUAAAUACCUCUACAGAAGAGACCGUUAAGAGAGUCCACAUUGAUUGUCCCUCCUUGGGAAGGCGUAACUACAUACUAAUCAUGGUCCCAACUGUUUAUACAAUCAUCUUCAUCAUAGGGAUAUUCGGAAAUAGCCUAGUGGUGAUUGUCAUUUACUUCUACAUGAAGUUAAAAACUGUGGCGAGUGUCUUUCUGUUGAAUUUAGCGCUGGCAGAUUUGUGUUUUUUAGUGACUUUGCCAUUAUGGGCAGCCACCACUGCCAUGGAAUACCGAUGGCCUUUUGGCAACUGCUUGUGUAAGUUAACUUCAGCUGCAGCAACCUUUAAUCUAUAUGCCAGUGUGUUUCUCCUGACAUGCCUUAGCAUUGACCGCUAUUUGGCAAUAGUGCAUCCAAUGAAGGCACGGCUUCGGCGAACGAUGUUCGUUGCCCGGAUAACUUGCAUCAUCAUCUGGCUAAUGGCAGCCCUCGCCAGCUUGCCAGUUAUUAUUCACCGCAGUGUCUACGUCAUUGAACAGCAAAAUAUAACUGUAUGUGGUUACUGGUAUGCAACCUCCAACGCAACCAGCAACACAACUGUCAAGGUUGGAUUAGGCCUAUCCAAAAAUACGUUGGGGUUCUUGAUUCCCUUUGUGAUCAUUUUAACAAGCUACAUAUUAAUCUGGAAGACCCUGAAGAAGGCAUACCAGAUUCAGAAAAACAAGUCCAGAGGAGAUGACAUUUUUAAGAUGAUUGUUGCAAUUGUUCUCUUUUUCUUUUUUUCUUGGAUCCCUCAUCAAAUAUUCACUUUUCUGGAUGUACUGAUUCAGCUUCGUGUGAUUACAAAAUGUGAAAUUAUUGAUUUGGUGGAUGAAGCCAUGCCCUUCACCAUCUGCUUAGCUUACUUCAACAACUGCCUUAAUCCCAUCUUUUAUGGCUUUUUUGGAAAGAACUUUAGAAAGUAUUUCCUCCAGCUUCUCAAGUACUUCCCCCCAAAUGUCAGGCAUUCUAGUCUAUCAACAAAAAUGUCCUCUCUUUCCUAUCGACCUUCAGAAAACUUAAUCCUGACUGCUCAAAAGAAUGGACCCCUGGACAUUGAAUGAUGGCUGGAGAGCAUAGUGAGGUAACCCACUCAGCAUCCCAGCCUCCACAGCUCAAAGUGUUAAACCAAGUGAGUUGCUUCAUCUGUGAAAAUUUAGCAGCUGACUUUCAUUUUGUAAUAUGGAAAGGAUCGUUGGUUGUUUACAGCAAGUGUCAGUGAAAAUGGGUGGAUGGCAGUUUUCCUUAGUAUCCUGACUUUUUGUUCUAGUGCUUGGAGAGAAAUAUUGUGACGAGGCUCAAACAACAUGAUGAGUCCCAGUGGCUUAUAAGCCAGGGUCAGUUAUCAUCUUGCCUCAACCCAGCCAGAGUGGUUAGAAAGCCAUGCUGCAGAAUGCACAGCAGGACACCCUGGCUGAAAACCACCAUGGCUUGAUGUGUUGGAGGAACCCAGUUGCUGCAAUAGAGCUAAGGAGGGUUUGAAAUGUACCAAAAAGUGUGGUCAAGUUGUGUAUUUCAUUCAAUCAAGCCUAUGAGAUUUUUUUUAAUGUGUAUACGCAAUUAUUUCCUUACCUUUUAUGGCCUUAUGCACAGGUGUUAUACAAAGUUUGUUUCCAAGUAAUGCAAUGAAAGCAAAACAUGUGCUUGAUUCAAGAACAUGGAUUCUAUGUCUCGUAUGCUUCUUGAGCGUAAUCAAAAUCAACGUAUGCUACGCUUUCAUAUACAUACACAAACUGCAUUCUUGUGUCAAUCAGAAAUUGAAGUUUGUCAGAAUGGGGCCAGCAGUUUUUGAAAUAUUAUGAGGUUUUGAGUUAAGAUAAAAAUGUACAUCUGCGGUAGAAUGAAAUUCAUUUAUUAGUUAUGCAGAGAUCAAGGGUACUACCGCUGAGUAUAGAUUUUCUCCCCUCUGCCAUAUGUGGAAUCAAUUACUUUUAUAUAAUUUUAACAAUAUUUUAGACGUAAAUAGCCAUUUGUCUUUAUUUAAGAAGGUAGUUCUUUCCAGUAACAGGACCCCUAUGCGAAUUGCACUUUUGAGAGCACAAAUUACAUGCCUGGAGUAGACAUGUAGUCCAAUAUAUCUAGAAGGCCAUAUGUUGGGGAAAGUUGGUUUACAGCAGGGUUAGCCACCUUGUAGCCCUCAAUUUGUUACUGCCUGCAACUCCAAACAGCACUGAGGGAUCUUGGAAGCUGCAGUCCAACAUCAUCUGGAGGAUCACAAGUGAUGCACUCUUGGCUUAACAGAAAGCCAGAGAGUGUCUCCCUCUGAGUGUUGCAAACAGGUGAUUGAUGCUGUUCCAUUCAGCUUUGCCAUACAGAAGUUGACUGUGCUGAUCCAGUCAAGUGUGGACCACUGUAUGCCUUACCCAGAAUUCAAAAUUGGCCAUUCACACAUAUGGAGCAUCGGGGAAAUCAAGCAUCAUUCAGACUACAGCAUUUCAUCAUGGGGAUGAUAGGCAUAUACUUUGUUCAGAAAAGUACAGCUGCAUGCUCCAAAAUUGGUGCUAUUUAUUUCAAAUGCCCAGCAAAUGCAGGUACAGGCUCAUGGGGCAAUGCUGCAUUGCACUGGCCCUGCUCACACUGACCACAUGCCCCACCAGUAAUGUGAAGAGGAUCUUUGUGGAUACUGACAUGGAUGUGAAGAGCUUCUCCCUCCAAGGGACAAUCCAGAAGGAACCUCAUGAAGGUACAAGCUCAUUCUUCACAAGGAUGAAUUGCAGGAAAGAAUUAGAACUUGUGCCCAAAUUCUCAGGGCUACACGACCCAAUUACAUGUACAUUUUACAAAUGAGAGGGUUGAAUGAACCCCCUGUUAUGAUAUCCCAGCUAGAGUGAGAAAUCAGUAACAUUUAAAAGCUUUCUAUAGAUGUACUGAUUACCUCCCAUUAUCGUGGUCAAUAUUUGUACUUUCCCUUGAGCACAACAGUCCUGUUCACACGUCAUUAGCUCACCAUGGAUUAAUUUCCCCUCAAAGUCUGUCAAUGGUGCCUGGUACACCAUUUUUGCAUGGUGUCCAUGGGUGCUUGACUUGCUGCGGCUUGAACAAGUCAUUGGUUAUUUGAGGGUUCCCUAACAGACCCUAGUACCUAGAUUCAUAUGGCUCAGUAAGCCAGGCACUUAUUGACACCAUGCGAAAUGGUUCUGCAGGAACCCAGCAUGAUGCAACAACCAUUGAUGAGACCAUGCUGGGCUGCCAUGUUGUGAGAACCUGGAUGUCUUCAUAUGAGCAGCACAUUUUGAUAUAUUUGCAGUUGCAGAGCAUUAUUUCUCUUUAAACAAUAACACCAUCUGCAUUAUAUAUUUUGGUUUACUGUUACCUUCAUCUCAGAAUUCUUGUUGACUUAAUGGAUGGCCCACCUGCCAAAGAGGGAAGCACAGAAAUUUAAAUAAAGCAGGGAUGCUUUUUGCCAAUCAUUGCUACCUACCUGUAUGCAAAGGGUGAUCUUCCUUUCUGCUGGCAGAAUUCUUUUAAAUGUUGCCUUGCUGAAGUUGUAAAUAAAUGUAUUUAUUUCUAUUUAUUCUGUGAAAAAGCUUUAUCUGACUCAAGUUUCAUUUUCUCCCAUCUUAGAUGUAAUGCUUUUUAUCAUAAAGACAAAUUGUAUAUGGGGUUGUGUGUGUGUCCUCAUGUGUGUACCAAAAUGUAAAGUGGUAUCGAUUACUUGGUGGUACAGAAAUCACUAUAUCUAAAUAACUGUACUUUUGUUAAUAUUGUGCUGGUACUUCCACAACUGUGUUUAUUGGGAAAUGUUGAAAUUGUUAAUCCAUUGAAAAUGUAUUUGAGUUUCUUGUGGACUUUCCAUUUUCUUUUUCUUGUUCAUCUAUAUGUACUAUAUAGAGGACCUAUAAGUGUUAAGUAUACCCAAACAUGCAGUUUAAGUUUAUGUUUGAAAUGUGAUAUGAAAGCAGUAUAAAAUGGUAAGGUCUGUAUUUUCUUUUAUUUGUGUGAUAUAUAGAUUUUCUGUAUAUAGUGUUCAAACAUGUAUCAUAUUAGCAUCUAUAAUAUAAAUUAUAUAUCUAUAAAAGCUGUGAAAGGCAUAGUCCAUAUCAUAAACCUGUAUUUCAGAACUUCAUCAUAAUUGUUCUUGUAUUUGUGGUAUUAUCAAUCAUUUCAUAAGUUAACCCCAAACCCAAUGAUAUUUGCUGAAACAUGGAAAUCUUCUAUCUGUGUCACAGAUGAUCUUUUGCUACCCUAAGAAAGAAAAGAAAUAAGGCAAUGGUCCAUGCCACUGUUGUCCAUAAAGAGAUGUUUUCCAUUUUCAGGCCUAAUCAUUCAUGGCUGGGGCAGGGCUUCUUCUACUCCUUUAUUAAAGUGAGUUGUAAAGCCCUUGUUGUUGAGCAAGCUCCUUGUAUAGGCUGGAGUCCAUGAAUAUGAAAGGAUUGCCUGAUUACAACAUGAUGGGCUAGGUUUUGUGUCCCUACUGUUUCUCCCAUUUUGUCACAUUUGUUUCCAUAAAUUUGAAGUUCUAGGAAUGGGUGAUAUGAAAGAAUACUAUCUUCCAUAUUUUCCUGUGAGAUGAAAUCUGUGUGUGUGUGUGUGUGUGUGUGUGUGUGUGUGUGUGUCAAGGGAAGGUAACUUUUCCAUUCCAGAACAGGCUUCCCACAGAAGUUCCUCUGGCACCUUUCCUGGGGUCUCUGAAAAACCAGGCCUUUUUAAUAGCUCGGGCAGUCUGAGCUUUUCAACCCUGAAGUCUGUGAGGGAAGGUUUUUUAGGGCUCACUCUUAGUUUUGUUUCUUGUUGAACUUUAUGUUGUUUUUUGAUCUUAUGGGGUUUUUGUAUAAUUUUAUGUCAAAAGUUUUCUGUUUGUUCAUGGAAUCAUUAUAUUAUGGGACAGCAUGAAAGUGGCCUAAAUAAAUAACUUCUUGAAAUAAUU